AUGGCUUCCCACGAGCUGCAACGCCUCAUACAGCGCGAGUUUGUGAGCCAUGACAACAUCAGCUCGGUCUUGGAAACGUUAUACGGAGCCAUCGAAAUGGGGGUGCAAUUCAAAGCCAGGGAAAAGGUGAUAGAACAUCUCCCGCUGGAUACUUUGGCUGGGAAAAUUAUGCAACCCAUUCCGGAGACGGGACAGAAUCUGUCAGAGACGUUGCAGGAGUUUCAGGAGACCGUCUUACGCCAUUCGACCAACUUCGGUUCCAAGAACUUCAUGGCAUUCCCUGACUGCGGCAACUCGGUCUCUGCACUUGCUGGCGCCUUUUUGAUGAAUUGCAUGAAUCAAAACCUUAUCAACUCCAAGCAUUGCGCACCAGCAGCCAGUAUGGUGGAGAUCAACGUCAUCCAGUGGCUACGGGAGCUCGUGGGAUACACUGUCAAGAGAGAUGUCAAUAAUAUUUUCGACGUCGGCGGCACCGUCGUAACUGGCGGCGUGCUGGCCAACGCCACAGCCAUGUUGAUGGCUCGCGAACGUGCUUUCCCUGGGACCAAGGACAAGGGCACCUCUUUCGAUCCCAGCCGCGUUCGUGUCAUUCUGCCCCAGUACGUCGAGCACUACAGUAUCCGGGCUAGCCUGGGAUGGCUUGGGCUGGGCGAAGAGAACGUCAUUCGCGUCAGAACAAAGGAUUUCCGUAUCGACCUUUCUGACCUUGAACACCUUCUUGAAGAUAACGCAGGUAAUUAUCACUUCAUGGCAAUCGUUGCGUAUGCUGGCGACAGUCGCUCGAUGACGAUCGAUAAUUUUGCUGCGGUUCAUGAGCUGGCAAAAAAGCACAACAUCUGGUUUCACAUUGACGCCUGUCACGGCUUGCAGUACGCCUUUAGUGAUGCACUCAAGCCAAGGCUAGGCGACAUUCACUUGGGCGACAGCAUUACCAUCGACCCGCAUAAGAUCCUCUUUCUACCAUACAAUUUGAGUGCUGUUCUGGUCAAGGAUCCCGAGAGUUUUCGAGCGAUCUCGGGCACGUCAGAUCUGAUCAUGAAAGAGAACUAUGCGUUUGGGCAGAUGACUCCCUUCAUCGGCAGCAAAGCAUUCUGGAGCCUCAAGCUGUGGUUUACAUGGAAGACCUUGGGCCGCAAGAACAUCGGAGAUCUGAUUGAACGUCGGCACAACCUCGCUGCAUAUCUCACAGAGCAGCUGCAACAGUGUCGGGACUUUCUGGUGCUCAAUCACGAAGUGAACAUCAAUUCUGUCAUGUUCAUGUACAAGCCUUCGCAUUUCCAGCCGGACUCGGUGGCACUGGACGACUACGUGCAGCGGCUGAACGAGUUGAAUAAGGAAAUACAGAACACUCUGUUCUGUGAGGGGGAUUUCUAUGUGCACACUUUCUCGAUUCCUGAUCUAGGCAAUGUCGUGGGCACGGGUGAAAGGAUGUUGCAGCCUUUACGAUAUAUGUGCGGCAACCCGCUCACUGCCGAGACAGAUAUCGACGCGCUCAUCUCACGUGUGCGUAAAUUGGGCCAGACUGUCGAGCAUAAGUACUCCUAUCACGAGGUGAAUCAGUUGCGGGCGCGGCUGGCCUAG